CAACUGUUUACUCCCCGAAAGACUCGCACAUUCACACGGUUAGUAUUUCGCCACACUAAAGGGGUGGAGUUACCGCGCGCUUCUCUUUCGUGAUUGGCCAGACCAGUCGUCUGUAAAGGAGGGCGAGACUUUUGAUUGGCUGCGGUGGGCGGAUCCACAGGUGUAUUUUGCUCUUAGACGGACAGGGCGUCAAGAAGGUGAUCAAUCUCAAUCCGUCAGCACUGUCGCGUGGAGACCAACGUUGACGUAUUGAGUCCUUUUGGGCGCCGAUUUUUGAUUGAGUGCAACUUGAUUCGAGUUCGUGCCGAAAUUGGGAAUUAGUUCUGAAGUUUGUGGCUAAUUCGUUUUACCGCAAUUCAAACAAUCAGCUGGAGUCAAGACCUGAGGCCAAAGGUGAUUUUUGGUGCUGUGGAUUUCUGCACGGACCUCAAAGAGAACUGAAGACCAAGAAUUAAAAGGUGUCUCGGAUAAGAAGGAUCCGGAUUUUGCGGCUCGAGCGCCGUUGCCUCGUAAGCUCAAGCUACGAUGAUGUCAUAUCUCAAACAGUCCCCGUACGCCAUGAACGGACUGGGGCUCAGCGGGGCCACCAUGGACCUCCUCCAUCCCUCCGUAGGAUACCCGACAAAUCCCCGUAAACAGAGAAGAGAGAGGACUACUUUCACUCGCACUCAGUUGGACAUAUUGGAGAAUCUGUUCGCCAAGACGCGCUACCCGGACAUUUUCAUGCGCGAGGAAGUGGCCCUGAAAAUCAAUUUGCCCGAGUCAAGAGUGCAGGUGUGGUUUAAGAACAGAAGGGCAAAGUGUCGGCAACAACAGCAGAGCAGCAGCAGUUCGAAGAUCCGUCCAGCGAAGAAGAAAUCCUCUCCGUCCCGUGAAAGCCCGGAAUCAGAAAGCAGUGGCCACUUCACUCCUCCAGCUGUCUCCAGUAACAACUCCACUUCCUCAUCCUCCUCUUCCUCUUCAGGCACCAACCCCACUGGUCGUAGUGGAGUGGGUCUGAUCAGCAGCUCUUCCACAGGAACAACACCUGUCUCCUCCAUCUGGAGUCCCGCUCCAGUCUCUCCCCUACCCGCUCCACCCUCCCUCCCUGACAUUUCUCCCCCAGCUAGUGCGUCCUGCAUGCAGAGGGCCAUUUCAGGCAGUGGAGGUACCACAGGAGUGCCGUCAUAUCCUAUGCCCUACAACCAGGCUCCCAGCUACGCCCAGGGCUACCCAACCUCUAACACUGCCUCUUAUUUUGGAGGCAUGGACUGCAGCUCCUACUUGGCACCCAUGCCUGGCCAUGCCCACCAUCACCACCCACACGGCAAUCACACACAGCUGAGCACCAUGGCGGGCACCACUGCAGUCUCAUGCAACCACCCACAUCACCCUCACAACAUCGGGCAGAGCAGCGGGCACCCACACCCGCAUCACCCUCACCAGGGCUACAGUGGCACAGGGCUGCCUUUCAGCUCCACAGACUGUCUGGAUUAUAAAGAUUACAAAGAGCAAGCUGCCGUGGCAUCAUCAUGGAAACUGAACUUCAGCUCUGCAGCGGCAGACUGCUUGGACUACAAAGACCAGGCAGCUUGGCGUUUUCAGGUCUUGUAGGGACCAUUUUAAAGACUAUUAAUGUUGUUAAUUAAGUUUGCUUGUUUGUUUACCUUUGGAGAAGUUCCUCCCACAACAUUACAGACUUUGUUGGACACCACAGGGUG